AUGCCUUCUAAAAACUCCAUCAACAGACCUAAGCUGACUUCAAAUUUGCACCACAAGGUGCACUCUUUAAAUAAGAAAAGAGCUCAAAGAGAAAGAGCUGGUCUCUUGAAGCCAGCUAGAUCCAGCGUAAAUUCGAAAUCUGGGGAAAUAAAAUCAGUAGCGUUGGACCUAUACUUCCAAAACAAGAAGAACGAAAGUCAGAAUUCCACUGCUGUGACAUUACAAAAUGCUUCAUCUUCUCCGGCCUCCAUCACCACGAGGACACUUUCCAAAAAGAGAGCUAAGAAAAUCGAGAGAAACUUAAAAUAUGCUACACAGAGAAAAUUAUUGGUUGACGCAAGCGCUAAGCUAGAAGACGAAAUGGAUAUUGAUCUAGAUGGCGGUAAGAAAGUGAAAGAGAAUGAAAAGAAGAGUUCUUUGACUUUGGUUAAGGAAGCCUUAUGGAGUGUCAUUGACGAUACUGCAUCCCAGGGAUUGAUCAUCGAAAACGGACAAGGCACCACCCUGGGCGGCCCAUUUUUCCCAUGA